GCAUCAAUAGAUCUGCCGCAAAAAUCUGUUUGGCAUAAAAUAUAACCUUGGCCCGUUAAACUGGUAACAUCAGUCGGUCGUCUGCAUUAAUGCUAUCAAAGUAUCGCUAACGUCCCCUAAGUAUGCGUGGAUUUUGGAUUUGCAUUAUUAUCGGGUGUAGUAUGGCAAUUUCAGCGCAAGCGUCUCAGUCAUUACAGCAUUCAGAAACAAAACCGACUGGAAUACGAGGGACUUGUGACAAGGAAGUUAUUGGUGUUUUAAAUGGCAGGAUAGCUAGUCCCAACUUUCCCUUGUACAACUACACAUUAGAUGUCACCUGCGUAUACGAGAUAGUUGCUGGCCCGGGACAAGUCAUUGCGUACCAAAGUCUAUACAUGGACUUGGAGGGUAGAGUUGACGACGCCUGCUACGAUCACGUUGACGUAUUUCCAAGCGGCAGCAUCACUGGUGAAUCAUUUGACCGAUACUGCGGCCGAGAGGUUAUUUACCCCGACGUAACAACGGGGAGUAAACUGGCAGUGAUGUUCGUCUCAGAUGGGUCAGUAUCUGCCGGUGGAUUUGUCAUUUCGUGGUGGAUUUUAACUCCAGGAAACAUGAGACAUUCUCUGAAUUGCAACUUUGAUGACCCUAUACCUCUUUGUCCAGGUUGGAGUCAGCUGACGGGUGAUCAUUUCGAUUGGACAUUUUUUCGGGGUCCAACCCCUUCUCGAAACACAGGGCCAACAUACGACCAUACAACGGGCGGACCGUAUGGAAGAUAUGCUUACAUCGAAGCAUCAAAUGCAAGAAACAGAAACACGGCUGCACUCAGAACGCCUGCAAUAAUCAGUGACCAGCCUUACUGUUUGAGGUUCUGGUAUCACAACCACGGGACAGGUGAACUUCAUGUGGUCGUGAUUUCAGAUAAUUAUCAUGGGACAGUAGUGGCCGCUUAUAGAAACAACACGGGCCCACAAUGGCUAAACGCUUCACUGACAAUACAAGAUUAUAAUCAAACGAUACAGAUUGUGUUUGAAGCUAUUAGAGGUCGUUCGUUCAAGUCGGAUGUCGCAAUUGAUGAUGUCACGAUUUCACAAGGACGAUGCCCCACCGAGCACGUAUGUGAAGAGGGUCAAUUUACAUGCGCGAAUCCAUUCCAUGACAUCUUUAAUGAAGACGCGGAUUAUGGGCAGGAGGUCGGGUGUGUGCGACAGGAGUUUGUAUGUGAUGGUUCUGACGAUUGUUUCGACGGUUCUGACGAAGCCAACUGCUCUGACACGGUGAGAUGCCCGUCCAACCAGCUGUAUCAAGCUUGUGCAAGUUCGUGCAACAAAACUUGUUCUGCCGGCCCCGAAGGAGCAAGCUGUAGCCCUGUUUGCGUUUCACGUUGUGCGUGUCCAUCUCACCUACCGUUUCUACACAACGGGGAAUGUAUAAAGUACAAGGACUGCCCCAACGCGUUACAAGGUAACGUUGAUUCGGAGCGUGAAAGAGCGAACAAACAAAUUACCACAGGUUUUCGAAACUUGCUUUCUCUAUUUGCCAGAUGGAUGACGACUACAAAUGGCACGUAAAGUGAGACCACAGAAUUGAGAAAAACAUUCUUGCACUCAUGAUUAAGUCCUGUAUUUAUUUCAACGAACAGCAUAUUUAUUCUGUUAUCUGGUGAUACGACAAAACAAACCGUAAAAAAGGUUGACAAGCUUUAACCUGUAUAAGCUACGAUGUUGUAUAUUAUAUAUUACUUCAGUUUCUAUGAUAAAAAUAAUUAAACUUACUGGAAUUACCCUUACGUUGUACGAGUACUUAAAUAAAACAUUGCGUUGAUGUGUAAUCGGAUUGCAAGGAUUUAAAACGGAUUGUUGACGAUUAAUACAAUAUAGUUUAUAAUCACG